UUGGUCUGCCUUUCAAGCGAGCCUUGGCUAGCGGACAACUGUUGUAAUUCACUGCAAUUCCAUGAAGUCGGGAGCAUCAGCCGCGUCGCCAACGGCGAAAAGCUUCAAUUUUGGAUCUUCCAGACUCUUAGCCUUGGCGCAGCAGCUGCGUGUAUACAAGCCGCCGCUUUCGUCAUCCUUCGACGAGAGGGAAGAGCUGCUUGCGUACAAGGAAAGCACCAGGAAAUCGAUAACCCACGUUGGGUUUCAGGAAUCUAUGGCUCCGGUGAGGUUCAGACCGAAGAAAGCUGCUGUCUUGAUAUGUCUCUUCGAAGGAGACGAUGGUGAUUUGCGUGUGAUUCUUACUAAGAGGUCUUCCACAUUGUCUACUCACUCAGGAGAAGUUUCUUUGCCAGGUGGUAAAGCAGAAGAGCAUGAUAAGGAUGAUGGGAUUACUGCAACUAGAGAGGCAGAGGAAGAGAUUGGAUUAGACCCUUCGCUUGUUGAUGUUGUUGCUUUCCUCGAACCAUUUCUAUCUCAGCAUCUGCUUAGAGUAAUUCCUGUGGUAGGAAUAUUAUGGGACAGAAAAGCAUUCAAUCCAACACCAAAUCCUGCAGAAGUGGAAGCCGUGCUUGAUGCACCCUUUGAAAUGUUUCUGAAGGAUGAGAACCGGAGAUCCGAGGAGUUUGAUUGGAUGGGAGAAAAGCAUUUGGUCCACUUCUUUGAUUACAAAACAGGAGAUAGUGAUUAUGUUAUAUGGGGCUUAACUGCAAGAAUCUUGAUUAGAGCUGCAACAGUGGUUUAUCAACGACCACCUGCUUUCAUUGAACAGAAACCUAACUUGAAGUACUCCAAAAUGAACCAGGCUACUCGUUUAUAUGGAUGGCUGAAGCCGCUGGCAAAUUUACAUGAAUCUUGUGAAAAUGGAAGAUUACUAGGUCAUGUCCCAGCAUACUGCUUGCGUUAUCUAGUUGGAAUAUCAUCAAGAUGAUCGUGUUUGUGCAUAUCUCAAUCGUUUGUGCUGAAAGACAAGCUCAUUCUUGGAAAGUCUUUCAGCAUGCUUUUUGGAUGACUCUGGUAUCGGAAAUCAACAGAUUUAAGUUAUCUAAUUCAUCUGAUGCAAGAGCAAAGGUUAAAAAGCUAAAGGGAAGGCUGCUGCGUAGAUCCAUCUUCUAGAUGCUUUGUUUAGCUCUUUCAUGUUCUAAUGUCUCAAGAGCCACUGAUGCAGGUAAUAGGUUUAGAGCCAUUUCUGAUUGAUUUGCAUCUAGGAAGGUGGUUUUGAUUCCGUGAAACUAAGCCAGUUGAUCUGAUGACAAGGAUACAAUUUGGAUGUGGUUUUCCUAGUGGACCUUUACCACAUAAUCAAAUAUUGGAUGUGCUCCUUGAAAACAUGGGUAGCUCCCGUUUUGCAAGAAGUGUGUUUUUUGGUGAAACCCCAACCAUUUGACCUGAAAGUAAAGCUCGUUCUUGAAAAAUCUGCCAGCAGGUGGGUAGUGCUUGUGCUGCUUUCUGAUGUUUUCCGGUUUUUCUGGUGGAACAAAUUAAUACAUCUGAUGCGAAAGAAAAGCUCGUUCUUGCCUUCUUGGAGAAUCUGGCAGCAUAGCGCUUUGUCAUGGUCAAUGUGUGUCUGAUAUUAUCUGGUUGGAAAUCUCAAUCAUAUGACCUGAUAGCAAAGGAGCAUUUGACUUCAGUUAAAAGAGCUACAGACACGCUGUUCUAAUAGGUCUGAGAUGAAAUUCCGUGUAACUUUGGUCUCCUGAAGAAGCCAAGUGGUCGAUAAAGCCAUCACUCGUCUUAUGGAACAAAGGAGAAUGCCUAAAUAUAAUGAAUCAACGUUGCCAAAACUAAGAUGGAUGAUAAACCUUAUAAGUUAGGGAUCAAAUUCAAUAAAAAAUAAACAAUGAGAAAAGUAAAACAGUACAUGUAUGAAGUGACACACGAGUGAAAAAGAAGACUAAAUCGUCUUAUUGUACUCCAAACAUUGAUCCUCUACAUUUCUUUAGGUUAUAUGUAAUUAUGCAUGCUACAACUUAAGCAUAUUGUCGUAAUUUAGUGAUAUAUUGGAGCCACAU